GUCUGCAUGCAUUGUAAUGUUUGUUUUUCAGAUUUGAUCAUUCAUUUUUAAAGGGAUCGUGAUGUCAGCCCAAGAUACAUUUUGUUUUUCUAAGGUUUUUUAAAAAACGUGCAAAUUAGAUUUAGUAUUUCAGCAAGAAAGCCUAAACAGUAUUAAGACCUCAGAAUAUAUAUACUAUAGAAUAACAGGUGGCACCUGUAUUGGUAUGACAAUGUGAACAUGUAUUGGUAUGUUAUUGUGUACAUGUAGUACACUGUUCUUGGGGGGAUUUGUUUUGAUCAGUUACAUGAUUUCUUAGUAUAAACAAGCAUGAGGAUUGUUCAGUAUUAAAUUGUUACACGGAUCAAACAUAUAAGAUAAGAUUUCAUUCUUUUCCUAAAGAUGAAAAGUUUAAAAAAAACGUGGAGUAACUUCACAGGAAAGCCAGGUUUCUGGACUCCGGGAAAAUUUAGUGUUGUCUGUGCAAAACAUGUUGAAAACAAAUACGUUUCUGGACGAAAGUUAAGUUAUAACGCUGUUCCCAGUCUCCAUCUUCCCCAACAUCCACAUCAACAGGAACAGUAUAUAUAUUCUGAGAUUAAGACAAACAAGAAUACAGUUCUGAGUCAUUCACGAAUUACGACACGUUAUAUAAGGAUUAACAGUGGAAACCUUUAAACAUUAUUCUAAUAAACAAUGUGAAAGAUAUCGUUGUUCUUAUCUUUAAGCUUGUUGAAUUCUGACAAUCCCUUUUUUGUCUCUGUAACGUAAAUUUGGAAGUUAAAGAUAAAGCAAAACUGAAAAUAAUCAAAUAAGAAAUAUCUCAUUUAUCCUUGACAAGACGUUUGAAAGGUAUCGCCAUGAAUUUGACAUGCCCCUUUAUAAGUGGAGGGUCAUUUAUACACUUAUACAGUCCCUUUAAAAGAAGGUCCUUUGGAAGUAACGUUAACAAUCCCUUUAAAAACAGUAUCGCAUACAAUCCCUUUAAAAACAGUAUCGCAUACAAUCCCGUUAAAAACAGUAUCGCAAACAAUCCCUUUAAAAACAGUAUCGCAUACAAUCUCUUUAUGAGAAAAUGAUAUCUAAGUUAAAACCAAAUAUUCCUAUUCUGGUGUUCAUCUGCUCAUCACUACUUCUGAUUUUGCUCGACAAGCAUUCCCGAACUCAAAUAUCCUACGGUCGAUUAAAAAUAGGAAAAAUGGAAUCGAAGGAGGAGUUUAUCAAAGAUGCACGGAUAGAAGUUAGAAACCUCUCUAGUAUGCAAUCUUAUCCUGAAACAGUUCUAAAUGGAUCUUAUUUACUGAAUGUACCUGAGGACUUGGAGUUGAAAGAAGAGAUAACCUACAAGGUUCCAAAAACGUUGCAUUUUCUUUGGUUUGGAAAUCUAAUGGAUGAAAAGAAUCAGACAAAUAUUCUUUCCUUUAGAAGAAAUAAUCCUGAAUACGAGAUAUUCUUGUACACGGAGAUUAUUACAGAUGAAUUAAAGAAUAACUUAACAGGAAUCAACAUUGUAGAUAUUAAUAGUGAAAUACAAAAUUACCGAAUAAGAGAUCUUUUUGAUGCUGAGGUAGAUUUCAGAAGGAAGUCGGAUAUUCUUCGCUAUGAGAUAAUUUACCAGAAUGGAGGGGUCUACUUUGAUACGGACACAAUAAGGUUAGAAAAAUAUUUUAGUGUUGCAUGA